ACCCCGGGUUGUUUCCUUUCUUUUUUUGGGGUUUUACAAUUAAAAAGUGAACCCCAACCGGCCCUUUAAAAAAAAAAAAAAAAAAAAAAAAAAAGAAGAAAAACAAAAAUCCGAGAAAAGAACAGAACACCCAACAAAAUGGAUAUCAAUCGUUGUAUAUAUCAUUUAUGAAGAGAGAAAGAUAGAAUAAAUGAAAAUGAAAAAUUCAAAUGUAAUGUGAAAUGUCAUCCGUAAAAUUUAUCUUCUAAAUAUUUAAUUAAUAUUUUAUUGUUUCUGAUAAUAAAUGAAUGUAUAUUAUGGUACAGUUACAUAACAAACUGAAAAACUAAACGGUAAAUAAAAUAACUGUUUAACCUUUCUAUUUAUCAAUUAGAUUUAAUACUAAAUAAAAGAAGAGAACAUUUACCAUUUAAAUAUAUAUAUAUAUAUUUAUUUUAUAUCAAAUGUUAUAGUACGUAAGUUAUUAUCACAUGGAUGAAUUUAUUUAAGAUAAAUUUGAGUUUAAGACAUUAUCUUGGAAUAAUUUGUAUAUCAUUUCAAGUUUUUAUUUAAAAGAUUGAAAAAAAAAAAAACUUUAAUUCAACUGGUCACACAUUUUAAAGUAAGAGAAUCCUUAGUUCUAUUUUUAAAUUGACAAAAAAAAUUUAAAAGAAACAUUAACUAACUGUCGUCAUUUUUAAAGAUUUUUAAAUUGCUAUUUUUUCUGAGAAUCUAUUUAACUUAAACAGUUAUUAAAGGAAACCACACAUUUAUUACUAUUCAUAUCACAGUCAUUGUAGAAGGACAAAAUGUUACGGAGAAAAAAGUUACGUUUUUCUCACUAUUUCUGUUGUUUUGUCUUUUAUCACUAUUUAUAAACAUGAUUGGUAUGCUAUACACACGCAAUAAUCAUAUCAUGCAUCAUAGAUAAUUUUGUAAUUUCUCAUGAGAAAUGUACAUCUAUAUUUAUUAGUCGAUAACUGAACCUAAACAGACUAGUUGAUUUUCAAUAAUAAGAGAAAUAAUCACAGUUUUUUUUGUUAUGUCUCCUUAAGCUGAUCAUCUAUUAUUAUUUUUUAAUGGUGUGAUUUUUCUAAUAAAUUUUAACUUAAUGUCAAAAAUGAGUGUAGUAAAGGCGGUCGUAGACUUACUAUUAAGAAGAAGCUAUUGGCUAUAAGAGAUAUCAUUGUUGGCUAUACACAUCUGUAGUGACUGGCUAUUGUUUAACAUUUUCAAUUAACUUCAUAUGUUUUGAUGUUUUCGUAUACAGGUACAUUAUCUUUUAGUUUUUCUGUUUUUUUUCUAUCUUAUAUUAUUUCCCAAAAGAUUUAUAAAAUUUUAUUAAAAAUGGAGUGGCAGGUAAUAUCUAAUGAUAGAAUCAUUAAUAAAAACCAAUUUAAAUAGAGAAAAAAAUUAACUAUAUCUCUUCUAAGAGUUUAUUUUGACGUUUUAUACCUUUGGAAGAAUAUGACACAUUAAUUUUCAUAUUUUCUUAUCUUUAAAUGACAAUUUUCUUUGUAACCCCUUAGAUGAUUGAUUUAAGAGCGAAUUUUACUGAGUAUAUACUAACUGAUAAAACAUCUUAUUUAACUCAUUUAUUCUUGUUUUAUUCAGUAAGAUAACAGUCUUUUUUACAUCCAUGUUAUUGUCGUUUAAAUCAUGAACAAACUACCAUCGAGAUCAAUAUACGAUUUUUUUGCCGUUAGUAAACUUUUUAUAUUCAGGUUUUCCUAUGAUUCUAUACUAAAAAUUGAAUCUUAUCCAAGAUUUUAAAUCGAAAAGAUAAGAGUUUUUUGUUUUCGUCAUCUUUUCUAAGAUGACUAGAUUCAUAUAUUGAAUAGUUAAUACAGAUAUUUCUAUUGAAGUUGAUAAAAAAACGCACCCGUUUCCGAAUCGAGGCAAUAACAACAUCCAACACGAUGUUCAGCUAACUGUGCUAUCGGAGUGAAAUUCUGCGACGUUUUUUUUAGCGUCGUUUGUUUCUCGUAUAAUUUUCGAAGGACGAGAAGUUCAGAGAUUCAAAAUAUUUCAGAUUAACCCUUUCCAGCCGGCUGUUUCGAAAACACAGCAAAAAGUGUUGCCAAAUGGCAACAUCAGGCUGGAAAGGGUUAAAGAGGAAAGUGUGCUAAAGAUUUACUCAUAGUCUACACGUUCUUCCGUUCAAAAACUAGGGCAAAAAUAUAAACACGUACUUCUUAAAAGUUAUUCGAAAAAAUACGUGUUUAUAUGUUUGUCCUAGUUUUUGAACGGAAGAACGUGUAGACUAUGAGAAAAUCUUUAGCACACUUUCCUCUUUAAUCUGAAAUAUUUUGAAUCUCUGAACUUCUUGUUCUUCGAAAAUUAUACGAGAAACAAAAUGCUUAAAAAAAAGCCGUUACAAAAUUUCACUCCGAUAGCCCAGUUAGCUGACCAUGCUGUCUAUUCUUAGGUGUUUAAAUGACUAAAAGCUAAUUUUUAUUGAUCAAAAUGUUUACAUUAUGAUCUGCUUCAAGUUUUGCAUGAUGUAGACAGACAUUUAGUAUAUUAUUAAACAAAGUCUAAAUAAGUCUUAUGAACACUGAUAUAACUUGACUCAUUGUCGUAAUAAAUAUCUAUAUAUAUUUUUUAUUUUUAGUUAUCAUAUGUUUAAUUAAUCAAUAUCUAUAUGACGAAAAAGUGUGUUAAAUAUCAUAUCAAUCAUUAUAACCAAAGACAACGUUCAAUAAUACUUGUAAAUUAUCAACGAAAAGUUUAUCAUACGACUACAUAACAUCAUCAUUGUCAUGUCAAAGUCAUUUAUAUUAAUAAAAAUAAUUUCACGUUUUUGUCGUUGUCGUCAUCAUUAUUGUAUAACAACAAUUAUCACCAUCAUACUCACACUUUUAUUUUUAUUCGUCACAUCGUCGUCCGCCUUAAAUGGUGAUGAAAAACAUGUCGAUGUAUGUUGUGGAUCAGGUCAAAUUAGAUUGACUUGUUCUCAAAAUGAAAAAAUACGUUUAAAUAUUAUACAACUUUAUUAUAUAGAAGAUUGUUAUCUAUUAGCGUCAAAUACAAAUUCGUCAACAUGUUGUAAACGAAAAUCAUCUUGUUCUAGACGUAUAACAAAAUAUAAUCAUCAUUGUAAUGAACAACAAGAAUGUCUCAUUGAUAAAACAUGUUUAAAAAUUUAUGAACCAUGUGCUGUUCAGGGUGUUGCAACUGCAUCAUUUAGUCAAUAUAUGACUAUUAGCUAUUUUUGUAUACCUCAAAUAAUAAAUUAUCAACAAUAUAUAGAAAAUAAAUAUCCAUCACCUCCACCUCCAUUUUUAAUACGUUCACAAUAUCAGUCUCAUUCUGAUGUUGUGAGUAGUUCAAACAAAUUAACAGCUAUCGAUACUUCUUCAUCUAUGACCACAAUUCGUUCAAAACGAAAAAAUUUAUUUUCAUUACAUUAUGAUGAUGAUGAUGAUGUUGAUAGUAAUAAAAAUAGUGAUUUUAAUAAUAGUUCAUGGAAUCAUUGGAAAACAUCAAUAGUAUCUCUCGUUUUAUUUAUAUUAUUCUCUAUUAUUCUACUAUUAUCCAUUUAUUGGAUAGCGGCUAGAAUUGGACAUUGUAUGAGACAUCAACAUUCAUCAAAAGAAACUUUAAUUAGACAAGAAGAAUCAAAAGAACCAAUAAUUCUUCGUCCAACAACUAUUGAUAAUUAUUCUUAUACAAAUGGUGGUAUGGAUACGAGUGGUAAAGCACGAAUUUAUUCAGCACCACCAAUUUAUUAUCCAUCAUAUGAAUAUGCUCAAAGUCAACGUUAUCCAACUAAAUGUUAUAUCGAUGUUCAACAUGAUCAACGUACAGGACAAACAUAUUCAAGAACACUACAAAAUUCUUCUCAUUAUCCCUAUUAUUCUCCUUAUAGAAUACCAUCUUACUAUAAUUAUGAUCAUAGAAAAGUAUAUUUAAGACAAAAUCCAGAACAAGUAAUAUUAACUUGA